AUGCCAGAAAAGAAGACCACUUCAAAGAAGAAGCCUGUCAGUCAGGCACUGCCCACGGUAUCACUGCCAGCGCCAGCUAGUGAUGUGGAAGGGUUUGUCAACCCUCCAAGGGUCAGGGGUAGGGGUCAGAAGGGUAAGGGUAGAGGUCAGGAUUUUCUGACCCUCACACCAACCCCAACCCUUGUGAAGGGUUGGGGUUUUUGUGAGGCCCUCACUUUUCGAGCACAGAUGGAGGCUUCGGAGUGGAGAUGUGAGGAUUUGAGGAGGUCUGCGGCUGCAGCCAAAGUUAAAUCUCUGCUCCAGGACGAGGCAACCGAAAUGGAGAAACAGGAACAACAAACUCCUACAGGCAAAAAUGGCAAGCCUCUUGGUCUUCGUACAAUUUGCGACCGAAUCAGUGCCGUGCAUCUGCAAAAGACUGGGCAACAUGUUACCUUAUCACACAGUACUCUCUGGAAGCAUACUCAUGGGGGAACAAAGUUGUCUGACUUCAAUGCCGAGAAGAGCUGGCUUACAGAAACUGAAGCAACUGUUCUCAUCGACUACGCUCUCGAGAUGGCUGCAUGGAACUUUCCCUUCAGCAAUAGGUGCCUCAAGGAAGAUGCAGAUGAGAUCAUUCGAGCAGGACAGGGCAAAAGAAGUGCGCGAGAGACCCAGGUGGAAGAAACCGAGCAAGCCGAAAGCUGA